AUUGAUUUUCACUCAUCACUUUGCAACGAUUCGAUCUACGGAGGCUUAACGACCAAGUUGGAUGCUCGGAAAAUUGAUCAAAAUGGAGGAGAAAACCGGAUCAUCAGAGGUAGAGAUCGGUGAGAAAGACGAAGCUAAGAAACAAUCAAAGGAUCCUGAGUUUAUAAGCUGUAUGAUGCAGCCAACAACAACCGAUUCAGAUCCACAAUACAUCGGAAUUCGCCGGAUUCUUCUUCAUCGGAAAGCUGAAUCUGGUGUUAUCUCUCGCCGCCGUUAUGAUUGGAGAUGCAAUGGAAAAGGAUAUGUUGCAUAUCGUAAUUUCAUUAGCAAACCUAGAAAAUGGGAGAAUCUGAGAACGCCUAGUCUCUUAAGUAGUCCAGGAAACAGUGGUCGAUGGUUACCGUCUCCGAGUCCUCUUUCUCAUCAAUUUGAAGCUGAGAGCUUUACUUCUAGUAGAGAUUUACGGAGUGUUAAUCAGGUUUCAAGCCGUAGAGCGAGUUUUAGUUCAAGUUUGAGUGAUGGUGAUAGUUCUUAUCGUCGUGGUGGUGUUGAACAUGCUUAUUCGUUUGUUGGAAUGCAUUGCAUCUUCGAUCAAUGCAAAUCUUCUGUUACUGUUCUCAAGUUUGGCCACAUGAGUUCUGAUUUACUUGCAUAUGGAGCAUCAGAUGGAAGCUUAACAGUUUGUAGUCUCUUAGAAGAGCCUUCUGUCCUCAAGCAGUUGACAGGGCACUCUAAAGAUGUCACAGAUUUUGACUUCUCGUCAAACAAUCAAUAUAUCGCGUCAUCAUCACUUGAUAAGACAAUACGAGUAUGGGAGUUGUCAAGAGGCGUUUGUAUUAGAGUUAUAUAUGGAAUCUCUCCACAGUUUUGUAUCCGUUUCCACCCUGUUAAUAACAAUUUCCUCUCUGCUGGCAAUGCAAACAAGGAACUCACGGUGUUCAAUUUCAGCACUGGGAGAAUUAUUAAAAAACUGUUGUUCGAGGAUGAGGUGACAUCUAUGGACCAUGAUCACACUGGCCAAAUAAUUUUCUGUGGAGAUGGGCAGGGAACUAUAUAUUCAGUUAGCAUGGAUUCGCAUACAGGUUCAUUAUCCCGGUCUCAUCGCCAUCGUACUAAUCACAAAUCCCCUGUCACAACUGUGAAGUACCGAAGCUUCUCCCUCCUGGCAUCAGGCCCUGUUCUGCUCACAUGUACUCAGGACGGAAACUUGUGUUUCUUUAGGUUAUCUGACUUUGCGUUGCUCCCUCAAAUUAGCCCCGCGAAUACACAGAAUCCAAGCAUCGUUUUGCCCGCUAUUAUCCCUAGAGAAGGAGAAUACAUAGUUGCUGGGAGCGAGGACUCGAAUGUCUACUUCUAUGAUCUAACCAAACCAAAGCACACAUGCGUAAACAAGCUACAGGGUCACAGGUUUCCAGUAAUGUGUGUUGCGUGGAACCAUGGAGAGAACUUGUUGGCUUCGUCUGAUUUCUAUGGUGUUGUCAUUGUAUGGAAAAGAGCAAAGACAAGCUCAUAAGAUUCAAUAGCUUUAAUGGUUGGGACAGACGCGUCCAUAAUGAGUUAAUGACUCUUUCUAUAGAUAAGUUGGUAGACAUUUUGAAGAGAUCAAGAUAAUUGUACUCGCAAUGUUUUUGUUUUGUCACAUUAUUAUGAACCAGAUUAGUUAGCAGUAAAAUUAAUGAAGAUUA